GCUUGCACGAGUUUUGCAGUUUAGAUGGAUUUGCUUGUGGUACGUUGCGCGAUAAAAUAUGUGUCGUAGCCUUUCCUCAGGGCUGUAACUUGAAGCAGGCAGGGUGCCAGGUGGGUGCCACUGGUGUUUUGAAUCCGAAGCGUGAUCGGGCAUCCCGGAAGUCGAGUCAACCGACAGUCAAGCUAACAUUUGGACACAUAUCGUAGAUUUGGAGGUACCGCACCAUGCUGGAUCCGGAUGAUCUGUAUUCUGGAUACAACUACAAUGCGGCCCUGGACACGUCGGCGAUGGAUAACGACAUCCAUUUUCAGCAAGCCAUCAAGACGUCUAUGGGCAAACGUCCCACGACCCAGAGCCGGCUGAUGAGCGGCGUGGUCGGCUCGCGACCGGCCACGCAGGGAACGCGGGGCCUCCUGCGCAGCGCCGCGCCGGCCACCGGCUCCUACCGCGGCAUGACGGCGAUGACGGGCCGCCCGCUCACCGGGAUGGCGUCCGGCGACGAGAACAGGCCGAUGACGGCCGUCAAGGGCGUCGGCUACUCGUCCGGCGGCGGCGCGCCCGGCUUCGACGGCACCCGCCACGGCCUCGAGUCGCACGGCGCCAGCACAUUGGAGGAUAUGUCGAACCAGCCGGAGGAGAAGGUGCGUCAGCUGGAGGCGCGCGUCAUGGCCCUGGUGGAGGAGUCUUGCCUGGCCAGCUGCCGCAACGAUGACAAGCUGGCGCUCGACAAGGCCAAGGAGGCGUCGGCGAAGGAGCGCACGCUGAUCCGGCACCGCGAGCAGGCCGGCCUCAUUGACUCGCACAACCUGGAGCUGACGUUCGUGGUGCUGACAAAUCUGGCGCAUCAGUACGCCAAAAACGAGCUGUAUACGGAGGCGCUCAACACAUACCAGGUCAUCACCAAGAACAAGAACUUCAACAACGCCGGCCGCCUUAAGGUCAACAUGGGCAACAUCUACUACAAGAUGGGUCAGUUUCCCAAGGCGCUCAAGUUCUACCGGAUGGCGCUGGACCAGAUUCCUAGCGGACAAAACUCCACCAGGAUCAAGAUCAUGCACAACAUCGGCAUCCUGUUCGUCAAGAUGGGACACUUUCCGGACGCCGUCACCAGCUUCGAGUUCUGCAUGCAUGAGAAGCCCUCCUUCAGGAUCGGGCUACACCUGGUGGUCUGCUACCACGCCAUGGGCGACCGGGCCAAACAGAAGGAGUCCUUCCAGAAGCUGCUGCAGGUGCCGUUCGACAUGGAGAAUGACGACAAGUACAAGGAUCUGGAGGAGGAGGCGGAGAAGGACCCGCAGACCUCACUGGUACUGGAGGUCAUCAAGAACGACCCGAUGCGCAAGCUGGAGCGCCGGCUACGCAACGAGGCCGAGCAGUGCAUCCUGACGGCAGCCAAGCUUAUCUCGUCGGGCGGCGAGGACAGCGCCCAGAUCACCGAGUCUUACAACUGGUGUGUGGAGACGCUUAAGAACUCGCAGCACUCGGACCUGGCCAACGACCUCGAGAUCAACAAGGCCGUCAUGUUCCUGCGGCAGCGCGACUUCAAGGCCGCCAUCGAUACACUCAAGGUGUUUGACAAGGUGGACACAAAGGUGGCGUCUCAUGCCUCCACGAACCUGGCCUUCCUCUUCUUCCUGCGCAAGGAGUACGAGGAGGCGGAGAAGCACGCUGAGCGAGCGCGCGACGCCGACGGCUACAACGCCUCGGCGCUAGUCAACCUGGGCAACUGCUGCUUCCAGCGCGGCGACCUCGAGAAGGCCAAGGAGUACUACAUCUGCGCGCUCGACAACGACGCCUCCUGUGUACAGGCGCUUUACAAUCUGGGUCUCACCAACAAGAACAUGCGGCUGUACGCUGACGCCAAGGACUCGUUCGUCAAGCUGCACACGAUCGUGCGCUCGCACCCGCAGAUCAUCUACCAGAUCGCCAACUGCUCGGAGCUGAUGGGCGACAUUGACCAGGCUACUGAGUGGUACGUGCAGAUGCUGAGCCUGGUACCCAGCGACCCGGACACGCUCUUCCACCUGGGCGGCCUGCUGGACAAGGACGGCGACAAGCAGGGCGCCUACCAGUACUACUUCGACUCGUCCCGCUUCUACCCGGCCAAUCUGGAGGUGAUCGACUGGCUGGGCUCGUACUUCAUCGAGCACCAGGUGUCGGAGAAGGCCAUCCUGUACUUCGAGCGGGCCACGCUCAUCCAGCCGGCCGAGGUCAAGUGGCACCUGAUCAUCGCCUCCUGCUACCGACGCUCUGGCAACUACCAGCGCGCGCUGGCCAAGUACAAGGAGAUCCACAUCAAGUUCCCAGACAACAUCGAGUGCCUCAAGUUCCUGGUGCGCAUCUGCACCGACCUGGGCCUAAAGGAGGCGGCCGAUUACGCCGUCGAACUGAAGCGUGCCGAGAAGUACAAGGAGAUGCGCGACGAGCGGCUCAAGUCCGGCCGGCCCGGCACGUCGUACCGUUCCGGUCUGCACGGCUCGCGGGACGGCUCGGCCGUCAGCCGGGACGAGCGGCUGACCGACUCGCGGCCGGGCUCGCUGGCCAAGCCGCUCACAGCCGAGCGCGCCAGCCUCUCGCCUGCCUCGCCGCAGCCCAAGGAGAUCGACGCCCGCUACGAGGACCCGCUGGGCCCGUUGGAGCAGCGCAUCACCCGCCACACCCGUUGCGACGACGACGACUGGGACGAGGAGCUAGGCGACGAUCUGCUGCCGGAGUGAGUCGGCUGACCGGGCUGACAUCUAGCGAACACGAGCCGAACGGCUAGUUACGUGGACUGGGGAAAGAGUUGAUGGUCUCGGUGGUGGCGCCAUCUAACACAAGUUGGAAACGCUCAGAACGUCUAGUCUGUCUGUCAUUAGGCUUAUUACCUGUUGUUAGUAGUCGGCUUUGUCACCUAUGCUUGCACGCUCGUUUGCUUUUUAAGUUAGUCUUAUUGAUUAUGUGUGGCUGAUUUCAUUUCAAUCUGCCGUUUACCUUGGGAAGUACUUUGUGAUGCACUCACACAAUGCAUUGGUGCAAACCAAGCAUGUGUGCUUCAUGCUCUCUAGUUAUGCCCAUCGCUGCCAUAAGGUUACUUUAUGUUUAUUGUGUAUUUUGCUGAAGGUAUUCGUUUGGUUUUGGGCAGCUUGUAGGGUGUAUAGUUGUGAUAAGGCACUUGUAAAUGCCGGAGACAUCACCGCGGUGGCAAUGGUGUGACACGGGACUGGAUUUUUGCCAGCCCCUGAUGGCGAAUGUGCUGAUAGUCACCAGUGUAGCUCUAUCUUCACUGGUGACCACUAAGUGACGCAUAGCAUUGGAACUGAGCUGAAGGUGUGCCCAGUAAGCGUUUUGUUGCCGGAACGUGCGGACGUACAUGACAGAAGAUGAUCGAUCCUCUUUUGAGCACGUCUGUGAGAGGAUGAUGGUUCAUGUAACCAACCACCCGGACUUGCGUAUUAAUACACUUUGCACGUCGGCCGUUGGCGCAUGUUUUUA